AAGCUGAUUCUGGGGGUGGAUGGAUCAUUUAGCUCGAGAGUGGUGCCACCAACCCAAUUGGCAGCAGAAAAAGAAGAAGCCAAGGCUGUCUUAACCUUCUUCUUGAAGAAACAAGGUUUGAGCCGUUCAGUUGCUGCAAGAACGAUCAACAAGUCAGACUUAUUCAUUGACCAUCUUGUCUCAAGGCUUCAUUCUGUUAAUAAAUCUCAGUAUCUAGUAGGACAGGAGCUCGCAACUCUAGAAAUCAAGGAUGCUCUUAUUCCAUACCUCGAGUGUCCCUUCCAAGAGCAUGGAAUUUUUCUGGCAGACUUAGUGAAGAACUUUCCAAACCUGCCUGCUGAAGAAGCAAAACCAGUUGCAACUGUUUCUCCAUCCGAUCCGACUUUCUACUCCAAGAAGCUGAAGGUUGUGUCUUCAGCUGUAUCUAGAGUAAGUAAGAGAGGCCCUGAUGGGAAGCUACCACCGCAUACUAUCUAUCUCAUGGACCUUGGUGUGGAUCUUGAGCAGCUCAGGGGAAUUACACGCAGGUUCCCUUCUUUUGCUUACUAUAGCUUGGAGGGCAAAAUUAAACCUUUAGUUGAAUUCCUUCUUGGUCUUGGGGUACCUAUAUCAGACCUUCGAACCAUUCUUGUUAAAAAGCCUCAACUGUGUGGAUUUAGUCUCUCUGAAACUCUCAUACCCACUGUGACAUUCUUAGAAAAUUUAGAAUUUAAUAAAUAAUAUCAUAUGUUUAUUUCUAUUUUUUUUGUA